AACAAAGUCUUCUUAGGCUGUCCCAAGAAAUUAGAGGCUCGCUGUAACUUCUUUCAAUGGAUUCAUGAAGCCCCCAAGCCAGCGUAUAAGCCUAAAACAGCUACCCGAUCAGCCCUGAAGAAACGACUGAAUCACAUGGUCAGUGGAAAAAUGAGCAUUCAGAAAAGGCAGAAAACCGAAGGAGGAUUUCAAUUUCCUUAAACAUUGAAAAAAAAAAACAAAGAACGUUGUUCUAAGUUAUUAAAGUUGUUUUUUGCCUACGUGAUGUCAUGUUGUUUGUCUUGUCUUGCCUCAUCCCUUGGGAAGGUCGUUGAAGUCAUGGCCCAGACUUGCCCCAUCCCUUGGGAAGGUCAUUGACGUCAUGGCCCAGACUUGCCCGCUCCCUAGGGAGGAAUUGACGUCAUUGUUCAACAAAAGAUGUCAAAUAAAUGGCAAGCGCUGAUCGAUUAUCAGUCAUCACCAUGAACUUGAACGUAAAGCAACCUUUAACCACUGAGUUUCUCCUAGUAUUUGGAGACCAAGACAAACCUUGCCCAUCGUUUUAUAAAAAAGAGGAAGAUAAGGAGAAAGUGUGCAAUGUCCUUAAAGAAGAGAUUCAUCCUGAAGUCCGUAGCAAAUGGGGUCAAUUGAAAUGUCACUGUCAAAUGAUUCCCAAGAUUCGGUUGAGUAAAACCGCCAAAAAUCUCAACAAAGUCUUUUUUACCUGUGGUGGUUCGGCUAUAGAAUCUCGCUGCAAGUUUUUUCAGUGGAUCCACACUCCGUUGUAUCCCAUGCCAGGUGAUCCAACGCCAGACUGGCUUCGAAAAAAACAAACUGACAAGAAACCUUACAAACCAAGACCUCUCAAAUCCUACAACCAAGGGAGUCGGACAUGGUUGCAACAAGCAGAGCAAAAUGUAGAGCAGUGGAAAAAGCAACAAACUGAACAAGCCUGGCUCAAUCAGUUUGCUGAAAGCACCCAUAAGCAAAACGAACGAUGGGAAGCCAAGAAAAAAGUCCCCGUGCUACCAAGUACCUUUCAUUGGAGUCCGGAGAUUGCCAAAAUAUACAAGAAAACAGAUGGGUGGAAAGAGGUGUAA